CUAUAAAAUCAACGGCCCCUCUUCCCCCACACACACUUCACCAUCUUUCCUUUUCAUUUUUCAUCCUUAAGGAAUUGAAAAGGAAGAAGAAGAUGAGUUCUGUGUGCAUAUCAAACUGUGUAAGCGACGCACGUGAUCCACGUGUGCCGGUGCGUGCGACGUACGUGAAUCUCUACAAGUGGCCGGAAUCGGACGCGGAGUUUGUGCGUAGAAGGGGUUCGCACGUGUGUGGGCACCCCAGGGUGGUGGACAGCGUCUCGUGCAGACAAAUGUACCUACGAAGCUACAAAUUUUCGAGGAAAGAGACGGUGCCGGAAAAAACCCAGAAAUGUUUCGGAAAAGUUAAGGAGAGAGUGAAGGGAAGGUCUCAUCACAAGGGUAAUGGGUUUGUGAGGAGAAGGAAGUGUUUGGUUUGGAGAAAAAUGAGGGAAAUCUCAUGCGCGGCUUUCUUUAAAAUUUUCCGUAGGUUCUUGUCUUGCAGCGCUAGUGUAGAUGUUCUCCAAACAAAAUCUUGACUUCCAUACAUUAUUCUCGUUAAUUUAAGGUUUCAAUUUUCAAUUCAACCGCCAAAUUCCGUUUAUGUGCAUUAUUAUUUUUCUUUUCGUUUUUUUUUUUUUUUUGAGUUGGUUUUGUGAAUGUGAGUAGGGAAUUGAUGUUUAGGGUAAUGUCUCCAUCUAUCUGUAUAUAUAUUUUUUUAUUUGUAUGUUUUAAAAGAUUUUGUUUGGAGUUUA